AGCAGCUGGUAGUGAGUGUUAGAAGCAAUGGGUAUACGUGUGCUUCUUCUCGUGACUAUUCUGCUCUUCUGCAUUGCUGAGGCUUCAUCUGAUAAUAAGAUAUUCGAACAUCAACAUAAUCAGGUGGUCAAAGGAUCAGCUGGCAGGAGGCUUCUGCCUUUCUUGGACUGUGGAGGGCUGUGCAAGGAGAGGUGCAGUUUGCACUCAAGACCGAACGUUUGCACCAGAGCAUGUGGGACAUGCUGUGUUAGGUGCAAAUGCGUUCCUCCAGGCACCUAUGGAAACAGAGAAAUGUGUGGGACUUGCUACACCGAGAUGACCACCCACGGCAACAAGCCCAAGUGCCCUUAGGCCUUCGCUUCAUGGAACGGCCGACACCCCAUAACUUAAGUAUAAUAGAUGGUAGUUUUUGUGUAAUAUGUGUGUUUGUUGUUGGGAUAGUUUAAGGCUACAAGUGGGUGGGUUUGAGUUCUAUAUUAUGUUAUUAUAGUAAGCUAAUUAAUGAAAACAUCUCUCCUUCAAAGUGCUCUUCAA